CCGGGCGCGGGGGAGCGGCGGAGUCCGCAGCCCGCCGGGUGCAUGGACAGGAGCUCCCUGCUCCAGCUCAUCCAGGAGCAGCUUGACCCUGAGAACACGGGCUUCAUCGAGGUGGAGACCUUUGCCAGCCUGGUGCAUAGCCAUGAGCUGCCCCUGGACCCCGCCAAGCUGGACAUGCUGGUGGCCCUGGCACAGGGCAAUGACGAGGGGCAGGUCUGCUACCAAGAGCUGGUGGACCUGAUCAGCAGCAAGCGCUCGAGCAGCUUCAAGCGUGCCAUCGCCAAUGGGCAGCGUGCCCUGCCCAGAGAUGUCCUGCUGGACCAGACCGGGCUGGGCUUCUAUAAACGCUUCGUCCGCUACGUGGCCUACGAGAUCCUGCCCUGCGAGAUGGACCGGCGUUGGUACUUCUACCAGCACCGAGCCUGCCCACCCCCUGUCUUCAUGGCGGCCGUCACCCUCACCCAGAUCAUCGUGUUCCUCUGCUACGGGGCACGGCUGAACAGGUGGGUGCUGCAGACCUACCACCCCGAGUACAUGAAGAGCCCCCUGGUCUACCACCCCGGGCACCGGGCACGCGCUUGGCGUUUCCUCACCUACAUGUUCAUGCAUGUGGGGCUGGAGCAGUUGGGGUUCAAUGCCCUCCUACAGCUGAUGAUCGGGGUGCCCCUGGAGAUGGUGCACGGCAUCCUGCGCAUCAGCUUCCUCUAUCUGGCCGGAGUCCUGGCAGGCUCCCUCACUGUCUCCAUCACUGACAUGCGAGCCCCCCUGGUGGGGGGGUCCGGAGGGGUCUAUGCCCUCUGCUCUGCACACCUCGCCAACGUCGUCAUGAACUGGGCCGGCAUGCGCUGUCCCUACAAGCUGCUGCGAAUGGUGCUGGCGUUGGUGUGCAUGAGCUCGGAGGUGGGCCGAGCCGUUUGGCUCCGUUUCUCCCCCCCUUUGCCCGCUUCGGGCCCCCAGCCCAGCUUCAUGGCCCACCUGGCGGGGGCCAUCGUGGGGGUCAGCAUGGGGCUGACCAUCCUGCGCAGCUACGAGGAGAGCCUGCGGCAGCAGUGCGGGUGGUGGCUGCUGCUCCUCUCCUACGGCACCUUCCUCCUCUUCGCCGUCUUCUGGAACAUCUUCGCCUACGACCUGCUGGGGGCACAGAUCCCCCCCCCGCCGUAA